UGGUGUUUCUAUGCGCAAAACCAAGAGAGAAAAAUGGGAUUCGGAGCACUGAGAAACAUUCUUCGCCCUCUUUCGCUCUCAUCAUCGAGGGCCUUAACUUCACGAAUAUCCACCACUCCUUCGACGGCGCCGUUUUGUGCCGCUUUGUCAUCUACCUGCAAACCGCCACAAUGGCUUGUUCCCCUUUGGAAUCAGUUCCACAGCUUAACAGACACUCGCUUCCCUAAGAGACGACCUUCUGAUAAACCCCGUCGAAAGAGGGCAAGCUUGAAACCCCUAGGGCCUUAUGCUUGGGUUCAGUAUACACCUGGCGAACCCAUACUUCCGAAUAAGCCCAAUGAAGGUAGCAUCAAGAGGAGGAACGAGAAGAAACGCAUGAGGCAGCGCCGUGCUUUUAUAUUGGCUGAAAAGAAGAAAAGAAAAGCUCAGCUGCAAGAGGCUAAUCGGAAGAAGAAUAUUAAGAGGGUAGAGCGCAAAAUGGCUGCAGUUGCAAGGGAAAGAGAGUGGGCAGAAAGACUGGCUGAGUUGCAGCGACUUGAGGAAGAGAAGAAAAAAUCGAUGGCUUGACUUUGUUUGGGACCUCAUCUAUAGUUGGUAAUACUGGUUUAGUUUUCAAGCCUGUUAUGAUUUGAACUCUCUACACACUCUUACUACAUCUUCAAUAUUGUUCUUUGUUGUCUGUUAUUUGGGUGACCAUGUGCCUAUUUUGAGCAUUUAUUUUCUCAAUAACAGGGAAGUAAGUAACUCCUUGCUUUCUCAACCCUCUCCCCUGCCAGGAUAGUAAAUGCUACACGCACUCCCCUUUUUAUGGGAACAAAAAUUAAAAAAACCCCUUCUCUAUGUAGCUAGAUCACUCUGCAUAUUACUAAAUCUAGCAGUCCAGGUUCACGGGUGUGAGAUUGUUCUUAGUCGCACCAAUUGUGUGUGUGUAGAUCUAUGCAUAUGAAUUUGGAGCUUACAUCUUCCCUCUUCAUGUCCGAUGUAAAAAUUCCAAUUUCCCCAAUUUACAGGCUUUGUUACCUAUUUGGCCUAUACCUUUCGAGUGCUUUGUGUAGGACAAGGUUUUGAAUUGUUCGGUUGUGUGUAAAGAGGAGCAAAUUAUUUUGCUUUUCAGUCAAAAUUGCAUACCAAACAGAUUAAG